CAGAUCAUCAUGCCUGAACCAGCCAAAUCCGCCCCGAAGAAGGGAUCCAAGAAGGCCGUCACAAAGACCGCCGGUAAGGGAGGAAAGAAGCGCAGAAAGUCCAGGAAGGAGAGUUACGCUAUCUACGUGUAUAAAGUCCUGAAACAGGUUCAUCCUGACACCGGGAUCUCUUCCAAGGCGAUGGGAAUCAUGAACUCUUUCGUCAACGACAUCUUCGAGCGCAUCGGCGGUGAAGCGUCUCGUCUCGCUCACUACAACAAGCGCUCCACCAUCACAUCGAGAGAGAUCCAGACCGCCGUGCGUCUGCUGCUGCCCGGUGAACUGGCCAAACACGCCGUGUCUGAGGGCACAAAGGCCGUCACCAAAUACACCAGCUCCAAGUAGAAGAACAUCCGGUGUAUUCAACCAACACAAAGGCUCUUUUAAGAGCCACUCAUAUUCUCUGCUUAAAGAGUUUCUUGCGUAUGUCGUUUGUGUAUUCAAGGUUGUUUAGUGUUUGGUAAAUUAAACCAAGAAUAAACAAGUCUUUAAUAAAAGCAUUGAGAAUGGGUGCAAUUUAUUGUCAUUGGUGAUCAGAAGAACAAAUAGAAAGCUGCUGUGACUGCCAUGUUAUUUCAU